AUGAGCGACGAGCAGUCGUUCACGGUCGAGAUCCCGAUCCGACCUCGGGAGCCACGUCACCGGGAUUCAACCUUUGCCUCGCAUGCCAAAAUCGAGGAAGUAGUUCACUCACCACCAUUUGAACACCACUUUCGCCUGUCGCAACCUGUGCACCACCAGCAAAAAUGUCCCGAGGGCCUGAAGAUCAUCUCAGGCGUCUAUGGGAAGACAUUUCGUGACCGGUCGCCGACCUCAUCGACCAUGAGCUCGACUCAUGUCCCCGACUCAGCGACGACCUGUUCAAUGCCCAUGUCCCCCACCUCAUCGACCUUUACAAGGGCUACGACUCCUGAUAUUAAUGGCCCUGAGCGCCUACCAACACCGUUUCUUGCGUCGCGGUCCGGUACGAGCGGACAUCGUUACAGAGAAUCAUGCGACUCGGGAUCGACGUUUGUGGACUCCAUCAUGGGCGAGAGGUUUCCGGCGUAUCCGGAAUCCAUCGGCGCGGGUCACAAGGAGGAUCCACUGCCGCGGAUGGACAUCAUCGAGCCGGAUGAAGACGAGCAAACUGACUUGCCUCACACGGCGGGCACCCCAAGGCCGCCGUCGCCGGACGAAACGCCCGAGUCACCCCGCGAAGAGCGGGUGCCACCCCGGCCCCUCAAUGAGAGGAUGAGCUUCGACUCCGGCUCCGAUCGUCUCUCGCGUGCAUGGGAACCCAUCACCCCAACACCCAUUGACUUCUCUAACGAAGAAGCCGAUGCAGUUCUCGACUAUGUCUUGCAAGUCACUUACGGUGUGGAGCUGGAAGAGGUUACCAUGCCACCUGCCUUCCUCCGCCAUUUCGUCUUCAGAUUUAUCCAAGACAUUGGGAGAUUUGCUUUCAAUGGAUUCCCCGCCGGAACACAACUAACCCACACUCAAUCCACGUCGUCUAAUGGUUCCUUGCCUCUAGCUCGGAGAUCAGGGUCAGGUCGAGGGUCCCAAAACGGCAAGCGCAAGAAGGGCGACACCGGCCGUGCAGAUGGGGAUGAUGAUGGCGAUGACUUGACGGAUGACGAUGGAGACUCAAGCGUGCCGUUCAAGAGGGCCAGACAAACACCACGAGAGGCAGAGGGAGAUCUUCGACUGAGCUGUCCGUUUCGCAAGAGGAACCCGCAUAGGUUCAACGUGAGAGAGCACCAUUCGUGUGCAAUGACUUACUUCCCCAAGUUUGCCGAGCUGAGGCAACACAUCGUCAAGCAACAUAAGCGCAAUGACCCUUCAUCCUUCAUGUGCGACCGCUGCAACCGAGACUUCCCCAGCAAGAAGGAUCUCAGGGAUCACCAGCGUCUACCAAAGGAGCAGAUGUGUGACGUUUCCGACCACGACCCAGAGUCCGGCAUCGACGGCCCUACAAUGACGAAGCUUCUCAGUAGGAAGCGAGCCAGUGGCAUGAGCACUGAGGUUCAAUGGAAGGAGAUCUGGAACCUGUUGUUCCCUGACGACGAUGACUACAGGGUUCAACCUUUCGACUUCUGCCCCGUUAUCGAGCAUUUUGAACUGCAGAACCAGUUCAUGAACAGUCUGAAAGAUGUCGAGGAUAGCCUGCGAAACAAGGGCAUGACUCCCCAAGCGUUGGAGACCAUCGGGAACAUCUAUCGCAAUCAGUUCAUCCAGGUUAUUGAACAGUGCAUCGCCAACGCACAGAACAUGCCCUAUUCGAACCGAAGCAAUCGAAAGAAUGAGCCAUCACCGUCCCGCCUCCUGGCCCCACGCCACUUGACUCGCACUGUCCCUCGUCCAGACUCGGGUGUAGACGUUGACGAGGGUUCGGAAGAUAGCCAGUCUGUCGCCAUCUUCCCUGGAGGCGGGUUCGACGGGCAGGGUAUGCUCGCCCACUCCGACAGUGUUCGAACAGUCAGAAGGGCGUCAUCAACCCCGGAAGAGUUCAGAGGCUCUGCCCCGCCAAGGACGCUGCAGCCCCUAAUAGAACAGCUGCCCGCAUCCGACUUUGGCCUCGGAGGCUCUCCCCCACUGCAGAAGCAGUCACAUUCGCAGCAGCAAUUGUCUCAGCAGCCGCCAAUGUUCGACCAACAGGCGGAACUCAUGCCAAUGGCAAAUGGGAUGACGCCGGAGAUGGCCGCUCAACUCUGGGGCUACCAUGAUGGCACCAUGGUGCCGACGUCAGGGCCAUCACCCAGCAAUAUGAGCAUAUAUGCGCCAGUGAUUGACGCCAAUGGGCAGCCCCAAUUCCUCGACUGGAACUCGGGACUGCAGGAUCAUAAUGGGAUGUACGACUUCUCGGGAUACAACAUUGGCAUACUGUCUUCAGUGAUAGUCAGUUCAGGCUGGCGCGAAGCUCUACAUCAGCCAACACGCGCUUUAAUCGGAACCGUAGUCAGCAUCUACUACACUGGAACCUUCAUCAGCUAUCUCUGCAUUUCCCAUCCGAUUACUGACUGGCUUGGUCGUCGGUAUGCCGCCUUGUCGGGAACAGCUUUCGUUUGCCUUGGCGCCAUAUUGCAAGCCACAAGUGGUGGCGAUACAGCUCGCGGCACCAUGCUCGCUGGAAGACUCAUCAGUGGCGUUGGAGUUGCCGUCGUGUCUACUUCAGUGCCGUUAUACCAAGCUGAGAUAUCGCCAGCACACAAGCGCGGCCAUUUUGUAACGUUGAACCACGUCGGCUUCAUCGCUGGCAUAGCGCUGGGUUUCUGGGUUGGAUAUUUCAUGAGAUUUUGGUCCUCCGAUGCAGGCCUUUUCUAUGGCUGGAGACUGACUAUCCUCUUGGAGAUAAUCCCCGCAAUGAUCUUUGGGCUUGGGUUGCCUUGGGUCCCCGAAACUCCCCGUUGGCUCGUCGAACAUGGAAGGAAAGACCAGGCACGCUCGACCCUUCGCUGGCUCCGCGAAGGAAGUUUCGACGACGACGAAAUUGAGCAUGAAUUCUCAGCCAUCAUCAAGAGCGUCGACGAGUACCAUCAAUCCGGCAGCAACUGGCUUUCUUUAUUCCGACAAAAGCCACUGUUUAAUCGUCUCUGGCGAGCGACCCUGCUACAAUUCAUGGCCUCAAGUUGUGGUGCUACUGCUAUUAAAUACUUCCUCCCAUGGCUAUUGGAGCAACAUGGCAUAUUCUCCCAUACUGCGUUGCUAAUCAGCGCUACCGAAUCAACGGUCAAGAUAGGUUUCACGGUUCUCGAGAUGUUUAUCAUUGAUCGGUUUGGACGGAGGAAAUGCCUCGUUGCUGGUUGCAUCAUCAUGGCUUUCUCACUGCUGAUCAAUGGAGCCGUGCCUCUUCUAGACCCUCAGCGUAAAAGCCCAGCCACCGAUAUAAUCUGCGUAGCCUUCAUCUUUGUAUAUGUCAUUGGCUUCUCUCUGGGAUUUGGGCCAACGGCAUGGGUAUACAACACAGAGAUCUUUCCCACCUCGGUACGAGCACGAGGCUUGAAUUUCGCCUCCGCUGGUGCCUCUGUCGGUUCUUCUAUCGUCACCAUGGUGUGGUCCGCGGGCAUCGGAUAUAUGGGUAGUAACAUCUACUUCAUAUUCAUGGUCGUGAACAUUAUCUGCAUUCCGGCCAUAUAUGCGUUCUUUCCCGAAACCAAGGGUCGGGAGCUGGAGGACAUGGACGCGCUCUUCGGUGCCAUUGAAACAAGACGGAGUGAUUUCGAUAAUCUCUCUGAACAUCUCUUGCAAGAUGAUGCUCCUUUCCGCGAUUCCGUAGAAUCGGCGACUGGUAUAAACAGAGAGCAGGAUCGUGAUUAA